CUCUGUAGUGAUCCUUUGAGCAUUAUUUAUUAUUCAUACUGGUAUUUUAUCUCUUCUAUAACAGGCGCACAAGGUGUAAUGACAUCACCAACGAUCUUCUGUGGUAAGGAAAGUGGAGGAGAUGAAAAUUACCUAGGUCAGAUGAACUUGGAAGAAGUCAAUCCUAUCUUAACUGCAUGGGCAUCAGAAUACGUGUCACCUGGAAGCAAAUUUAUAGCUUGCCGUUCGGAUCUUUGUAAGAACGGUGGCAUCCGAGAAGCAGAAGGCGGAAUUCAAAGAUGUCGCUGUCCAAAACAUUACGCAGGAAAGUACUGCCAAUAUUGUAGUUUCUAUAUAAGAAGUAGAGAGGGAUUAAUUGGCGGUAUAAAAUACUCAAACGAUAGGACUCGCUUCAUGUUGAGAACACGCGGCGGGAAUGGGCAUAUCCUUGCGUUUGUUGGUCUUGCCAACAAGAUGGUAGCCCUGAUCUAUAUCCAUAUCUGCUAUCAGAGGCGUGUACUGGUCGUGGAACAAGAUCAUGGUGGAGUUCAUACGGUACAUAAGAGUCCAGUGCUGAGUCAACUUCAUUGCGGAUCAUCUGAAUACGACUCAUUUUGGAUUGACUACUCGGAUGAAUUCUAUCAAAUUGGUUUCCAGGGAAAUUCAACCCCUUUUUUGAAUGUGCGUCCAACAGUGCAUGUGGAGAUCACAAGCAUUCAGCUGAGAGUAAAUUUGCCUCCUGGUGCGGACUGGAUGAUUGAUCUACCGUGUGACUAUAGCUGAUUCUGAGGCGCACAAGUACGACUUAGUUAGAAAAUGCGGGAAAAAAAAUGAGAUUCAGCAUAUUCUCUUUUGAUCACGUGCUGGGUAAUUGUCUGAAGAGAGAGGACAACUUAAAUAAAAAGAAAAACAUUUUAAAGGGGCACAGUCUACGUUUUUUUUUUAUUACUUCGGUCUCCAUAUUUUGAUAGUUGGAUUAAAUUGCGCUACUCAUCUUGAGUGCGGUUUUUUUUUUUCAUCUACAUGUAUAUAUUUUAACUUCAAAAGGUCAGGAGAGCAUUAUUUUCAUCAAAAUUUAUUUUCGACAAGUUGGCGGAUCUGACAGCUUUCCAUGAUUUUGAUUGCCCUAUAUAGAGGCACUCAGAGUUGUGACAGUCGGAUAAAAUGUCCUUCCUUUCAUGAAGGAAAGACCCUCGCCAGACGAUAAGUGGGGGGAGGGGGUAGUAACAUAUAUCUUUAAGAAAUUGAGAAAAAUUGCCGAAGUUUUGGUGAAAUCCAUCAAAGAAUAACUGAUUUUUUUUAUAGUGUACUGUAUUAAAAAGAUGAACUGCCCUCCAAUAUUUAAUUUUAGGGGAAUAAUAUAAAAUAUAGUCAGGGGCCUUAGCAAAAUUUUGGGGACAGAAUUUACAAAAGCGCUAAUUUUUGCAUGUGGGUCCCUGGUAUCAAAUGCUUUGAUUCUACAUAGGGUGCCCCGAAAUCGGUGAAGGGCACCCUAUUUUAAAAUGCUAAUUUAUGCCAAUUUUAUGCAAAAUACACAAAAUUCACCAUAACUCACUUUGAAUAAUUUUCAAAGGCCAUUUUCUUUUGCAUUUGGGUCUUAUUUUGCUAAAUAUUCAACUGUAGGUCGAUAUUUUAUAAAAUUGGUGAGUAUAAAUCAAUUUUGAAUGUUAAUUUAUGCAAAUUAUAAAUAAAAACACAUAUCUCGGAAUAUAGAAUUGUCAAAAUCAAAAUUAUUUUUCCACAUGUGUCACUGGUACCAAAAGCAUUAAUUUUUAAAACGACUCGAUAUCAGUGACUGGAAUUCUAUUUCACAGUGCUUAUUUAUGCAAAAUCACACAAUUCACACUGUUUACCGUAAUUUACUGUAUAUUACAAACCUAAACUUUUCUAGAAGCCUAUUUUUUUUGGUAUUUGGGAUUUAUUUUGAUGGGGCAUCAAAUCUAGAUUAAUUUUCUAUAAAAUUGCGGAAUGAAAAUCAAUUUUCAAUGUUAAUUAAUGCAAAUUUAUGCAAAUUUUAAACAAAUUCGUGUAAAACACAUGAAAUGUCAUAUUUUGGGGUUUAGAAUAGAGGGACUAGCACAAAAAUGUCAUUAUGUAUAAUAAUACACUGUUACACAAUUCAUUCAUUUUGGUGACUUUCAAUGCGACCAGAGGAGUGUUUCAUGUUUAAAAUGCAAAUAUGUAAAUACUGUUCAUACCCCUUUCACAACAACAAAAAAUGGAAUAAAUAAACCAUUAUUCAAUCUUUUUUUUUCAAAGC